AUGACUUGUACUAAUGGAUGUCAAUUGAAUGAUAAACGACGUUCAUUUACGAAUGUUAUCGAACUAGUAAAAAAUAAUGUUAAAGAUGAAAUUUAUUCUACAGUUAAGCGAUAUUUAAAUUUAAUUAAUGAAUACACUAAUUGUUCAAGUGAUCUUUUACCAUGUGAUAUUUUACUAAAUGAUUCUAUUUAUCAACGUUUACAAAUAAAAAAAAUAACCAUUCUUUUGCAUACGGAUGGUGCACCUGUUACCAAAACUGGUGGUAAAUCACUAUGGCCAGUGCAAGCUACUAUUGCCGAGCGUCUACCUCCUGUUCGUGAUUAUGUUAAUGCUACUAUGAUAUUUGCUGUGUGA